GCGUAGUUUUAUUAAUUUCUACAUUCUAUUGAUUUUUUUUACAAUCCUUUAAUUUGCUAACACCCUAUCCUUAAAAAAUGAAUAGAAAAUUGAUUUUUCUGUUGAUUGUUAUCGUGUUGAAUCAUUUUAUCAAAUGUGAAAAUGAUCGAAAAAUUGAUGACAAACAGUCCGCAAAUGAAACGAUUGAAAAAUUUCGUAAACAAAUUAUUCCGGAAGAAAUUAAAGCUAUAAAGCUUGGCAUUAGGUCAAAAUGUCGGGAAGCAAUGACAAAAAAGUUCAACCAAUGUUCGAAACGGUUUACCGAAGAAGCAACAGACAUAACAUUAAGCAACAAUGACAACAAUUUGAUUAUCAGUGGCAGUGAAUAUGCUCGCCGUUGGCCAGUCUGCUGCAUCAUUUAUCGACAUCAGAAUUGCAUAAAACGAGCCAUCGAAUCGAACUCGUUUUAUUCUGCCAAUCUUUGUGAUGAAACUGAUGUGACAAUUGCCGAAUCGAUACUUGAAAAACACAGAACUAUGAAUGGAUUUUGUCCGCGAAGAGAACAUAUAGAAUAUCAAAUGUGUGAUAGCGAGACAAAUAGUUUUUUCGGACACAAUACAUUGACGACAAUCGUUUUAUUACUUGGAGCAAUGACAUUAUCGAUGGCCUUUUUGUUAACCGGUUACGUUGUUUGGAAUAUUCAGCAUCAAAAUCGUCAUCGAUUGAUCAUGAAUAAAUUUCAACUUUUGGAACCCCUAGAAUUUGAGAUGAUUUCAACAAAUCAGUUAAAUUGAUUCAAUAUAAUUUCAUAAGCACAUAAAAAAAUUCAUUGUAUCUAUUGUGUCAUUGUCAUUUUAAUUUUUUAUGAACAUAAAACAAAAGUUUUUCUUGUGAAC